UGUCCUGUCUAUUUCCAACAGGCAAUAACCCGGCCGCCUACCGGUCCUUCCUCCUUUUCUACGUCCCUGAGCGAGGCCGACGUAAAGAUGAAUGACACAGUAACAGUAAGGACUCGCAAGUUCAUGACGAACCGGCUGCUUCAGAGGAAGCAAAUGGUCGUCGAUGUCCUGCAUCCCGGCAAGGCUACAGUCCCCAAGACUGAAAUCAGAGAGAAGCUUGCCAAGAUGUACAAGACCACUCCUGAUGUUGUUUUCGUCUUUGGCUUCAGGACUCAGUUUGGUGGCGGCAAGACAACUGGCUUUGCCAUGGUGUACGAUUCUCUAGACUAUGCCAAGAAGAAUGAGCCCAAACACAGACUGGCAAGGCACGGUCUCUAUGAGAAGAAGAAGUCCUCAAGGAAACAGCGCAAAGAACGCAAGAACAGAAUGAAGAAAGUCAGAGGUAUCAAGAAGGCCAGUGUGGGUGCUGCUGGCAAAAAGUGAGCCUGAUCAGCCAGGGAUGGUCUUCGUGCUCAACAUGUUCUUGUAUAUUGUCAUCGAAUAAAAGUUUGGGAAAAAAAU